ACACCUGUUAUUGCUGCCUCUGAUCUGUGUGACGCUGAGAAGCCCACAGGCCCGUCCAUCCGACUCGGUGGACCCUGUGUGCAUUUGGUGUGUGAGCCAGCUCUGAGAAGGGUUCAGAAGCCACUGGAGGCAUCCGGGGACCUCAGCUUCCAUGCCAUCUCUGCCUCACUCCCACAGGGGAAUGUUGGACUCGGUGACACACAGCACCUUCCUGCCUAAUGCAUCCUUCUGCGAUCCCCUGAUGUCGUGGACUGAUCUGUUCAGCAAUGAAGAGUACUACCCUCCCUUUGAGCAUCAGACAGCCUGCGACUCAUACUGGACAUCAGUCCACCCUGAAUACUGGACUAAGCGCCACGUGUGGGAGUGGCUCCAGUUCUGCUGUGAUCAGUACAAGUUGGACACCAAUUGCAUCUCCUUCUGCCACUUCAACAUCAGCGGCCUGCAGCUGUGCAGCAUGACGCAGGAGGAGUUUGUCGAGGCAGCAGGCCUCUGCGGCGAGUACCUGUACUUCAUCCUCCAGAACAUCCGCACACAAGGUUACUCCUUUUUUAAUGAUGCUGAAGAAAGCAAGGCCACCAUCAAAGACUAUGCUGAUUCCAACUGCUUGAAAACAAGUGGCAUCAAAAGUCAAGACAGUCACAGUCAUAGUAGAACAAGCCUCCAAAGUUCUCAUCUAUGGGAAUUUGUACGAGACCUGCUUCUAUCUCCUGAAGAAAACUGUGGCAUUCUGGAAUGGGAAGACAGGGAACAAGGAAUUUUUCGGGUGGUUAAAUCAGAAGCCCUGGCAAAGAUGUGGGGACAAAGGAAGAAAAAUGACAGAAUGACGUAUGAAAAGUUGAGCAGAGCCCUGAGAUACUACUAUAAAACAGGAAUUCUGGAGCGGGUUGACCGAAGGUUAGUGUACAAAUUUGGAAAAAAUGCACACGGGUGGCAGGAAGACAAGCUAUGAUCUGCUCCAGGCAUCAAGCUCAUUUUAUGGAUUUCUGUCUUUUAAAACAAUCAGAUUGCAAUAGACGUUGGAAAGACUUCAUUUUCUUCUCUUUUUUUUUUUUAACCUGCAAACAUGCUGAUAAAAUUUCUCCACAUCUCAGCUUACAUUUGGAUUCAGAGUUGUUGUCUACGAGGGGUGACAGCAGCAACUCUUAAGAAAUCCUUUUUUCUCUGCAAGGGGAUGAGGGGAUGGUCUUUUGUGGUGUCUUGAUCAAACAUUAUUUUCCUAGAGUUGUGGAACGACAAUAGCCCAUGCCAUUGGUGCUGAUCAGAGAAAAACUAUUCAAUUCUACUAUUAGAGACACAUCCAAUACUCCCAUCCCAAAGGUUCAAAAGUUUUGAAAUAACUGUGGCAGCUCACCAAAGGUGGGGGAAAGCACGACUAGUUUGCAGGUUAUGGUAGGAGAGGGUGAGAUAUAAGACAUACAUACUUUAGAUUUUAAAUUAUUAAAGUCAAAAAUCCAUAGAAAAGUAUCCUUUUUUUUUUUUUUUUUUUUUUUUGAGAUGGGUUCUCGCUAUGUUGCCCAGGGCUGGUCUUGAAAUCCUAUGCUCAAGCGAUCCUCCCACCUCGGCUUCCCAAAGUACUGUGAUUACAAGUGUAAGCCAUGGCACCUGGGCAGAAAAGUAUCUUAAUUAAUGAAAGAGCUAAGCCAUCAAGCUGGUACAUAAUUGGAUUUAACAUAGGUUUAUAUAAAGCUUCUAAACCAGAGCAUCUUUUUGACCACUCAGUAAAACUUCCACAGACAUCUUUCUGGACUUAAACACUUAACAUUAACCACAUUAUUAAUUGUUGCUGAGUUUAUUCCCCCUUCUAACUGAUGGCUGGCAUCUGAUAUGCAGAGUUAGUCAACAGACACUGGCAUCAAUUACAGAAUCACUGCUGUUUCUAUGAUUCAAGCUGUCAACACAAUAAAAUCGAAAUUCAUUGAUUCCAUCUCUGGUCCAGAUGUUAAACAUUUAUAAAACUGGAAUGUCCUAACAACUCUGUAACGGCAAAUUAAAUUGUGUGUCUUUUUUGUUUUGUCUUUCUACCUGAUGUGUAUUCACGCGCUAAAACACGUAUUUCCUUGACAAAAAUAGUGACAGUGAAUUUACACCAAUAAAUGUUCAUGGGUUAAAGUCUGCACUGACAUUUUCUCAUCAAUCACUGGCAUGUUAAGUUAUUAGUGACUGACAGCUAGGUGGACUACCCCUAGGACUUCGGUUUCACCAGAGCAGGAAUCAAGUGGUGAGGCACUGAACCACUGUACAGGCUGAAGACCGCCGUACUUAGAGUUGAACUUCAAAGUAACUUGUUUUAAAAAUGUGAAUUACUGUAAAAUAAUCUAUUUUUGGAUUCAUGUGUUUUCCAGGUGGAUAUAGUUUGUAAACAAUGUGAAUAAAGUAUUUAACAUGUUCAACUGUCUGUGUAUCGUUCAAUUCAGCAUGAUAGCCUCAGCAAAACACUGACAACCUGUAAAACCUUUGGUGAUUCUUCCAUUUCCUAGCAGUUGUGGUUGGAGAUUUAUCUUUUAUUUUUGGAGAUGGGUUCUUGCUUGUUGCCCAAGCUGGCCUCUAACUCCUGGGCUCAAGUGAUCCUCCCGUCUCAACCUCCCAAGUACCUGGAUUACUAAGAACCUUUGCUAAAUCCACACCACACCUGGCAGGCUGGAGAUUUUUAAAGAGCCCAAAAAGGUGCAAGAAAUAUAUGGAGUAAUCUUACCCUCCACCUUUAAUAUCAUAAGACAGAGGUUCCCAUCACAAAAUGGAGUUCAUUGACACACAUAGCCUACAGAUGUAUUUUUGUUUGGUGCACACAGUAUUGUCUGUUUUCUUGAGGUUUUCUUUUAUUUCCUACUGUUACUUCAUUGCCUAAUUUAGAAAUCAAAAGAUUCACCUAAAAGUCCAGAUUUCUAGCUUCUCUUUUAAAAUCAUAUCUGGCAACACUAGUUUCUCAGUCUCUUGUGGUGUUAAUUCCUGGAGCUAAAUUGAAGUUGCACCUUUGGACAGAGGAUUUGGUCACUUCCUACUGCCUUCUGGACAUGCAGGUUGUCAACUGCCCUUCAACUUUGUUCUUGCACUAUUGAUGGUUGUUGUUAAAACAUCCAGAAUGCCUUUACAUUUUGAAUAUGGGACCCAUGACCUGGCCACCUGAAGAGGUAAGUACCAUGUUAAUGGACCACAGUCAGGAUGAAAGGAAAGACUGUCCAGGAGAAGAGAAAUUAGCUAACAGGAGGGAAAUGGGGAGUUUUCAGUCAAGAGCUUGGCAGUGACAAUAAAGCAGAGCCAAGCAUCUCAGGGGCAUGGCAGGGACUGGGGUGGAACAAACAGGCAGUAGUACAAUCUUGGCUCACUGCAACCUCUGCCUCCCGGGUUCAAGUGAUUCUCCUGCCUCAGCCUCCCAACUACCUGAGACUACCAGGCACACAUCACCAUGCCUGGCUAAUUUUUUGUAUUUUUUAGUACAGACAGGGUUUCACCAUGUUGGCCAGGCUGAUCUCAAACUCCUGACCUCAGGUGAUUCUCAUGCCCAGGCCUCCCAAAAUGCUGGGAUUACAGGCGUGAGCCACCACAGCCAGCCCCUUCUUGAUCUGUAACUUAUGACAUUGCAAAGAUCCUUUUUCCAAAUGAGUCACACUCACAGGUUCCAGGGAUUAGAAUAUGGAUAUAUCUUCUUGGGGAUCACUGUCCAAUUCACCACACUCUUUAAGAGUUUUACUUAAACAUAUAGCUCCAUAAUACAAUUCAUUGAAGGACAGAAAAUACAAGGGACUGUUUAAAAUGCUACACUUGGCCCAGCACCGUGGCCCACACCUGUAAUCCCAGAACUUUGGGAGGCAAAGACAGGCAGAUUGCUUGAGCUUAAGAGUUCGAGAGUAGCCUGGCCAACAUGAUGAAACCCCAUCCCUACAAAAUUACAAAAAUUGGCUGGGCGUGGGGGUGUGCACCUAUAGUCCCAGCUACUAGGGAGGCUGAAGUGGGAGGAUCACUUGAGCCCAGGAGGUUGAGGCUGCAGUAAGCUGUGAUGGUGCCACUGCACUCAAGUCUGAGUGACAGAGUGAGACACUGUCUCAAAAAAAUAAAUAAAAUAUUACACUUUGAGCAAACAAUACCAAAGCAAAACAACAAAAAAUUAAAGCAAUAGAUAAUGCAAAAUUCACUUAUCAAAUAGUCAAAUGAGGGAAUAAGUACUUGCUUUGUUAAAAGGAUCUGCAAUAGAACUUUCCAUAGCAAACUUGCCAUAUAUUAAUAUGUGAUUGUUUACAUUUUUCAGAGGUUCAGAAUUACACAGAGCUGGCCACGUGCAGUGGCUCACAUCUGUCAAUCCCAGUACUUUGAAAGGCCAAGGUGGGCAGAUCACUUGAGGUCAGGAAUUCGAGGCCAGCCUGGCCAACAUGGUGAAACUCUGUCUCUACUAAAAAUACAAAAAUUAGCUGGACAUGGUGGGGUGCAUCUGUAAUCCCAGCUACUCGGGGGCUGAGACACAAGAAUCACUUGAACUCGAUUCAAGCUAUUACAGAGGUGGAGGUUGCAGUGAGCCCAAGAUCAUGCCACUACACCCCAGCUUGGGCAGGAGAGUGAGAAUCUACCUAAAAAAAAAAAAAAAAAAAAGAAUUAUACAGAACUCAGAACUUUUUAAGUUGACUUCCACUAACCCUUCACAUCUUUAAAACACUGAUUAAAACAAAAAAAAAAUGUUAAGGCCUUCAAUUUGGCUUACCAGAGAAUUUAAAGUGGAAUUUGGCCCUUUGCCCUUUGGUAAUGCCAUGAACUAAAAGGCAAAGAAAUGGCCCAAGUAGCUUGCUUGUGGCUUUUCUCCCAGAAAAAUGAGUGCUAAGCAGUUCUUAAAACACUUCCGUAGUACAAAUCACAAAUCAGAGUGAUGCCCUUUAUCCAGGAAAGACAACAUUAAUGUGGUUGGUCUUGUUUUGGUUUUUCGUGAUUGAGUCUCACUCUGUUGCCCAGGCUGGUGUGCAGUGGCACAAUCUUGGCUCACUGCAACCUCUGCCUCCUGGGUUCAAGCAAUUCUCCUGCCUCAGUCUCCUGAGCAGGUGGGACUACAGGUGUGUACCACCACACCUAGCUAAUUUUUUGUGUUUUUAGUAAAGAUGGAGUUUCACCAUGUUGGUCAGGCUGGUCUCAAACUCCUGACCUCAAAUGAUCUCCCCUCCUGAGCCUCCCAAAGUGCUGGGCUUACAGGCAUGAACCACCGUGCCUGGCCGAAUUAAUGUGUUUUUAAACCAAAAUUCUGACAUUUAUUUGAAACAAACUAGGCGAUCCUUCACAGUGCUUCUAAAAGCCCAGACCAAGUCCUCCUUUUAGAAGAGCAAGUCUCACGAGCAGCAUGAGGUCAGAGAUGACCAGGUCCGUGCACAUUUGUGUCUUUCCACAAUGUCUGACUUUCAUUGAAGUAAUCUCAAUCACAAAAGCCAUGAGCUGCACGGAGUUCCCAAGGAGGCAGUUUGC